UAUAAACUAACUCUUUUCAAUGCUCUUGAUUGUUUCCCCCUUUUCUUUUCCCCCCUCUGCCCUAACCCAGCCGGCAUACUUUGGAAACCCGACCCGAAAAAUAUUCGGGUUCCUAACUGAUCCCUUCAGCUUCUCCAUACUCAGACCUUUUAGUUCUUCCAUGUGACAUGCAUAAUUGAUAGUCACAUUUACUGCUUUUUCAGAGCUUCGAAAUGUCAACUGGCCCUGGACUUGAGUCUCUUGUAGAUCAGACAAUCUCAGUCAUCACGAAUGAUGGGCGCAACAUAGUGGGAGUCUUAAAAGGCUUUGACCAGGCCACAAAUAUCAUUCUCGAUGAAUCUCAUGAACGUGUGUACUCCACCAAGGAAGGUGUUCAGCAGCUUGUAUUGGGUUUGUACAUAAUAAGAGGCGACAACAUAAGUGUUGUUGGUGAACUAGAUGAAGAGCUUGAUUCUGCUCUUGACUUGUCAAACCUUAGAGCACAUCCUCUGAAGCCUGUUAUCCAUUGAUUGAACAAUGAAAGCUCAUGGAGUUGCUAUAGACAACAUGUAUUAAUUUUUUGAUGCAUUUUUUGUUAUAUUUUAUUGGUAGCUGUUUAAAUGCUUCAUUUAUAUUGAUCAUGAGCUAGCAUAAAAGGUGAAAUUUUGAAUGCUGAUAUCUAAUCUGGGACUCAAUGUAAGGGUUGCAAAUUCAACUGAAAAUAAAUGAACUCUCUGAUUUGCGAAAA